CCGCUGGGGAGGAGGCGCGCUGCCGCCGAGUGCCGGGACGCGGUGUCUCCCACUAUCCGCGCGCCCGGCCAGAGCCCGGCACUCGGUCGCCCCGUCGCACUGGGCCCCGAGGGCAUGCGGCAGCCGCAGGGGCCCCCGCUCCCGAGCUCGGCGGCGCGGGCGAGCGCGAGCGGAUGUUCAGUUCUUCUCCACAAUGAAUGAGUGUCACUAUGAUAAGCGGAUGGACUUUUUUUAUAAUAGGAGCAACACUGACACUGCCGAUGAGUGGACAGGAACAAAGCUUGUAAUUGUUUUCUGUGUUGGAACGUUUUUCUGCCUGUUUAUUUUUUUUUCCAAUUCUCUGGUCAUUGCAGCAGUGAUCAAAAACAGAAAGUUUCAUUUCCCCUUCUACUACCUGUUGGCUAACCUAGCUGCUGCAGAUUUCUUUGCUGGAAUUGCCUACGUGUACCUGAUGUUUAACACUGGCCCAGUUUCAAAAACUUUGACUGUCAAUCGCUGGUUUCUCCGCCAGGGGCUUCUGGACACCAGCUUGACUGCCUCCCUGACCAAUCUGCUGGUUAUUGCUGUGGAGAGGCACAUGUCAAUCAUGAAGAUGCGGGUCCACAGCAACCUGACCAUAAAGAGGGUGACGCUGCUCAUUUUAUUCGUCUGGGCCAUUGCCAUCUUUAUGGGGGCAGUCCCCACCCUGGGCUGGAACUGCCUCUGUGACAUCUCUGCCUGCUCGUCCCUGGCCCCCAUUUACAGCAGGAGUUACCUCAUUUUCUGGACUGUGUCCAACCUCGUGGCCUUCCUCAUCAUGGUUGUGGUGUACCUGCGGAUCUACAUGUAUGUCAAGAGGAAAACCAACAUCUUGUCUCCACAUACAAGUGGGUCCAUCAGCCGCCGGAAGACACCCAUGAAGCUCAUGAAGACAGUGAUGACUGUCUUAGGGGCCUUUGUGGUGUGCUGGACCCCCGGCCUGGUGGUGCUGCUCCUGGAUGGCCUGAACUGCACGCAGUGUGGGGUGCAGCAUGUGAAACGGUGGUUCCUCCUGCUCGCGCUGCUCAACUCGGUCAUGAACCCCAUCAUCUACUCCUACAAGGACGAGGACAUGUACAGCACCAUGAGGAAGAUGAUCUGCUGCCUGUCUCCGGAGAAGAACUCAGAGCGCCCCUCCCGCAUCCCCUCCACCAUCCUCAGCCGGAGCGACACCGGCAGCCAGGACGCGGGAGACGGCGUGAGCCACAGUGCGGUGCGCAGCGACGGCCACCCCUGAGCUGCGCCCGCCGCGGGCCCCUCUGGGGAAAGAGCCGUUCAGAACGGGCACUGCUCUCCAACAACGCCCACGCCCAGUGUUAUUUGAGGUCUUAAUUGAUCGCUGGUAGACUGAAAAAAUUGUUUGACAUAGUUUAAAGGCAUGGGCAGUGAGGAGAGGACACAGUGCCUUUAGAGAAAAUGCACAGGAGGGAAGACAGCGCCGUGGGUUCCUGUUUAAGGUCCUGUGAUCCGCGCCGAGCGCCGCCAGCGGGUCUGUGCCUCCUGGGCGCUGCCGCCGUCCUGUAGCCGUUCUCUUUGUGUUUUAAAAGGAUGUUGUUAAAGGGCUUAGGCCAAAAUAAUAAUAUUACUUGAGCCACCUGAUAUAGCUGCUUGGAAAGCCGAUGUAGUUCUUUCUGCAUGCAUUUACAAUUUUAAAAAUGCUUCAGCAAUAUUUUUUUCCUCCCAAGAAACCACGGCCAGUAGCUGUAGCUAGGUGUUCAGUGUGAAUCUCAGAAUAAUAAAUAGUAAAGGCUCCAGAUUAGACUUGAUUUUAACUGAAAGAACAUUCUGAGGAAAAAGACUUACUUUAAUAACAAAAAAGGUGAACGUUAGAAACGUCUCUUGAAGCAAAAACAAAGAAAAAGAGGUCUUGAUGUGGCCCUCUAAACAUGCACAUGUAUAUAUGCCGCUGCAUAUUUAUACAUUUCAAAUUUAUAUUUAAACACAUCAAGGACAGUGAUUGUGAAAUUCAUUCACUCACUACCUAGACUUUCUAGUCUAGGACUAUAGCUAUAAAAACUAUUGUGCUCCAAAAGAAAAGAGAAAGAGGUGAUUCAUUUGAAAACAGACAUAUAGCAUGUAAAAGGUAUAUUGAUAAGUGGACGGAGUUCCUUUCAUAUAGGAUUAAAUGUGAUCUUGACUCAAGUCCUUAUUUUCAGUUACCUCCAUUACCCCUGGUAGCUUGUCAGAUUUAGUAUGUGGAAUAAUUUUCACAUCUUAUAUUUUGACCACAGUUAUCGGCAUGCUUCUAAUACUUGUCUUACCUAUGGGCUGAAUUUUGAUCUGGGUUCUUUUAAAAUUUGUCUCUUCAAAGAACUAAGUAGGCAGUAUAACAGGUAAGUUAGUAAGAAAAAGGAAUUCUGUCAUACACAAAGGCUACUGACCACAGUUUUCUAUGUAAAGCAUUAAGAAUAAAUUCUGACUAACUUCAAGGCAGGUAUUUUAGUAUUUAUGUAGUUUGCAAAAGAAGUUUACAUUUUCUUUGCUAUUGUGAUGUAACAUUUAUGUGUGUGCAAGAACUACUUGUAAUAAAAGGAUUUGAGAAGUCAUGCUUUUAGAUACAGUGGCCUAAAAUAGAGAGUGAUUUGAAGGUGUAGAUUUCACAAACUGUGUAGUAAUUGGAUCUAUCCAAAGUUUAUAUAAAAGCUAUCUAUAAAAUAAAAUUAAAAAUCUGUU